GCGGGUAAUUGUAAUCUCCAUAAUAUUUUCCGCUAGAGGCGCUGAAGGUCUGUAAUAACGUCUAUAGCUCAUUUCCGGUUUAUGUGAUAGCUUAACAUCGUUCUUCAUUUUUCGUUAUACAUCCGUUUGUAUACGAUAAGUAUAGACACAGUUCACAGAAAUGGCGACCGCCGUGCCAUCGAGAUUCGCAGUUCUCAGCAUUGAUGAUGAUGAUUGUAAGCCGAAGAAAACUCAGAAGAAUGUUGCUACCGGUAAGACGAAUCAAAAAGCUAAAACCGACAAAUCAAAACAGCAGCAGCAACCAAAAAAGGAUGACAAGAAAAAACAAAAUAAGGGAAAAAAGAAAAAGACUAGUAGUAAUGAAAAUCAACAAUGGGAACAAUGGAAACAAAAAGACACAAUGGCUGUCGAGGAAACGUUUGAACAAGAAUUACAUCAAGCCAUCUUGCUGUCAAAGUUGGCUUAUGAAGAGCAGCUAGUAAGUGCAGCCAAGUCAGAAAAAGAGCCUGAGUCAAAUAAGAAAUCAGGGAAAAAAUCAAAAAAGGCUACUAUGUCAUUGGAGCAAUUCAACAAUAUGGGAUCAGAUACUACUACAACAACAACAACAACUACUACUACUACUGCUACUACUACUACUGCUACUACUACUACUCAAAAUACAGUAUCACUACCAGAAAAUAGUGAUACUAAAUCAAAAGAAUUAGAUACAGAAUUUUUUGAAAGAGUUGAGAAGGAAACAAAAGAAGAAAUUACAAAGGAAAAAGAAAAAGACAUGUUGAAAGCAAGAUUAAAUAAAAUCGAUGAUGAUAUUACAUCUGCUCAGUUAAGGGUAGAAGUGGAGAAACGCGAUGAGAUUAUUAAUAAAUUAAAAAAUCAAGUAGAAAAUUUAAAAGAAGAAUUAACACAAGUUAAAGAAAGAAAUAAAAAGCUUUAUCAAAUACUAUCUCAUGGAGAAAUGAAAGAUAAGGCGUCAGUUUUAGCCGAAGUAGCAAAGUUGCAAGAAAUAAGAGAUGAGUUGACAUCCGAAGUAGCAUCUUUACAUGCACAAUUAGAACAAGAGAGGUCCAAAACACGUACUUCUAGUACAGAUACUAAACCAUCUAAACAAACUAAUAAGAAGAGGCCCGCUAGUGAAAAUGCCUAAACUACAGAGUAUUUUUGUUGAAUAUAAAAUACUAAACCAUUGUGAUCUAUAAAGCUUAUUUUACUGCUAAUGAUUAACCAGCUAACAGUCUCAAGACUGAUACGUAAUCAUUAAAACCUAAGAUCUCAUGAAAAUGUAUCACGUAUUUGACUUUAAAGCACAUAAAGCAAUCUUUUAAGUAAAUAUUUUUCGAAUAUAUAGAAGUUCGCUCGACGAAAAUGUGGUCAUAUUUUUCUAAACUGCAUACAUUCGUUUAUAAUUCAAGUUUCAUUUUUUUCGUAGUACGAAAACAUUUUCCUUAUACAGAUUUUCUUAUAUACAUAGUAAGUAAACAUAAUUUUGCAGUCAAGUUUAAACGGGAAACCAGUAUAACACUAUUUCCAAUAUUCAAACUUGACAACAUAAACAAAUAUUAUCUUCCAAAUUUUGUGCGAACGUAAUAUCACUGAUAUUAUCUGAAAUAUUUUGUAAUAAAUAUGUAUAUUCUACAGCA